UUGGGCCGGUGCCGCAUUGUCUUUAAAAUUAUAAAAAUUGAAAUGAUUUGAUUAUAAAAUUCUGAGAUAUUUAAAAUGAAGUAGGUAACAGUGAUAUUGUUUUAAUUUUCGUUAAGUAGGUACCACAACGAUAUUUGUAUACGAUAAAUAAUACGACAGACGUAACUAACGUUAUCAAGUCACGUAAGAGUAUAGGAAAGUUGGUUAGUAUUUAGUCCCGUAGUAGGUCAAUGGUACGAGCAUCGCGUGCUGGUAACGAAGGACUGACGUCGCCAUCAAACGAGUGAGCCGUGAGCCGAGGGGGUCGGUCGAGUGUGGUGCAAGACGCGGCGGGCGACAGUUGUUCAGUCGCAUCGCACAGUUAACACAUUCCUUGGCUGAUAAACGCGCUUACCGUGACCGUGAAAGUUAUAAACGUGUCGCAUUACCGUAACGAUGGGCGGUAAAGUCGAGAAUGUCGGCAUUCUUGCCAUGGAAAUAUAUUUCCCAUCGCAAUACGUCGCUCAAGAGGAACUGGAAAAAUUUGACGAGGUGGCUGCGGGAAAGUACACAAUCGGCCUCGGGCAGAGCAAAAUGGGGUUCUGUUCAGACAGGGAGGACAUAAACUCUCUCUGCCUCACUGCACUUCAUCGGCUCAUUGAGAAGAAUAGUUUAAAUUUACAUGACAUCGGGAGGUUAGAGGUGGGCACUGAGACCAUCAUAGAUAAAAGUAAAAGUGUUAAAACUUUUCUCAUGACAUUGUUUGCAAAUGAAGGUGCCACAGACAUUGAAGGAAUCGACACAACAAAUGCUUGCUAUGGAGGCACGGCUGCUUUAUUUAAUGCUAUAAAUUGGGUGGAAUCAUCAUCGUGGGACGGCAGGAAAGCUAUAGUAGUAGCAGGUGACAUUGCAGUGUAUGGCAAGGGCCCUGCGCGGCCUACUGGAGGAGCUGGUGCUGUUGCAAUGCUAAUAGGGCCAGACGCACCCUUAGUUUUUGACUGUGGAGUCCGUGCCUCGUACAUGACCCAUGCAUAUGACUUCUACAAGCCAGACUUAGCUUCAGAAUUCCCUUAUGUAGAUGGAAAGUUAUCUAUACAGUGCUAUCUCAGUGCUCUAGAUAAUUGUUACAACUUAUUCUGUAAGAAAAUGAGGAAAGUGGACUCAAAUUUCAAAGGUCUAUUAAGUUUAGAUGGCAUGUUGUUCCAUUCUCCAUACUGUAAACUUGUGCAAAAAUCCCUAGCCCGAGUAAGCUUUAAUGAUUUUCUCAAUGCAUCUGAAGAGGAUAGGGAAAAGCAGUUCCCUGGACUCUCACAGUUUAAAGAUUACCAAAGAGCUAACACAUAUUUUGAUAGGGAUGUAGAAAAAGCAUUUAUGACAUACAGCAAAGAGCUUUUUGAAGAGAAAACUAAACCAUCGCUGAAUAUAGCUCGAAAUGUGGGGAACAUGUACACCCCAUCGUUAUAUGGAGGACUUGUCUCAUACUUAGUUAGCAAAUCAGCAGAUCAGCUGAUAGGAAAGAAGUUUGCCCUAUUCUCCUAUGGUUCUGGUCUAGCCUCAACAAUGUAUUCCAUUAACAUCUGUAAUGACAUGAGUGCUGGCUCUAAGUUAGAGAAACUUAUCAAUUCCUUACACGAAAGUGUUGCGAUGUUAGACAAAAGGCAAAGUGUGGAACCACAGUUAUUCUCAGAUCUUAUGCAAGUGAGAACAGAAAAUUAUCACACAGCACCAUAUGAACCUUCAGGACCUAUAAAUGUACUAUUUCCUGGUACGUACUACCUUGUUAAAAUAGAUGACCAAAGAAGACGUACAUAUGAUAGAAAACUAUGAAGCAUUUAUUUAUUCUAGUUUAUUUUGUGUCGGUGUAGGACAUUGGUUGUAUAGUUAGAAAUAUUAAAAUGGUAUCGUAACUUAAUUCUAACUGUUAUAUAUAUAUCUUUUAUUGUUGUUUUUAUCUUAAAGGAUGUAGCAUUGUUAUAGAAACAAUACUUAAUGUAUAAAACUUUUAUGUUUGUAGGUAUGCUAUUGUUGUUGGUAUGAACUAUGAAGUACCUAUUAUUAUAUUUUCCAACACUAUUCCAUCCACUUUUUACACUUUAUAAAAAUAAUAAAACUAUCUAUGCUGUAACUGAUUUUUUGUAAUUCAUCAAUGUAAUUUACAAUGAUAAUUUUUAUGCUUGAGGAAUUCUUAUAAAAAGUUACAUUUGAAAGAAAUACACUAUUACAAGAUAUA